AUAAUUCCAGGCACAUGUUUGCAUUGAACAAACCGUGAUAGAUUUACUGAAUGAGGAUAUUGCUGUCCAUGUGCUGGCUGAUGGUGUUUUCUUCAAGAUCACUCAUGGACCGAGGACUGGCACUACAGCGGUUGCAAAAUAUCGGAUGUUUUGUGGGUACUUCAGAGAAUGUGUUGUUCAAGAUAAUGAAGGACAAAAACCAUCCGGCAUUCAAACAGAUAUCUCGAAUGAAUAUUGUCCCUACACCUGAUGAAUUUGGUGCUAGCAGCCUAAAGAGUCAGUCGCUUUAAGUUUGCGCAGAAAAGACCUAGCAUAAUAAAUAGGUGCUAUUCAUUUGAUUACUCUUGUGGGAGCACUGAUUAUUGGAAAACAAUAUCGAUGGUUAAAAGGCUAAUUGAAUUAGCGAAGUUUUUUUUUAGAAAAAAUUUAACUAGGUAAAAAAAACAUAGAAAAAACUACUGAUUUUAAAUAGAUAUGAAACUUAGUGUCAAAAAAAUGCUGCUUUAGUCAAUAAGCCUUUGACCC